AUGGGUUGGGCAACAAUGGGCAAACCCAUCAAGCGUAGCUCGUCGAACAAUAACAGCAACAGCAACACUGGAUCUCCGAGUAACGCCAACGCAGGAUCGCCUGGUGGAAGCGGGUCUUCUGGCAAGUCGCCUUCUGCAACGAGUCCCUCUUCGUCCGAGGGCCCGAAUUCGCCGGGGAUGAGCAAGGAGGACCCUAGGUCGGGGUCGGGGUCGGGGUCCGGGUGGAGUGGCAAGCAGGGGGAGAAGAAGUCGUAG